ACUCUGGGCCGGCGAAGCGGAGUGCGCAAACUUAACCGCUUGGCCAUGGGGCUGGCCCUUCCAACAAUUUUUCUAACUGCCCGCUUUCCUCUUUCUACUUUUCUUCAUCUUUCUCCUGCUAGCUCCUAGCUUUUCCUUCUUCUAAGUUCUGUAGGGCAAUUUCUUCCAUUGGAAGAAGCCUGCCCCUAGAGGGUGAGGGUAGUGUUACUCAGUGGGAGAACCAAGUCAGUUAAGCAGGGGAGAGCAUGGAGCCCCUAAAGCAUACCCCAUUAUUUCAUCUUCUACUAUUCUGCUGAGGUUGGGCCGAAUAAUGUUGAUCCAGGUUCAGCUUGUGUGCAUUUGGAGGGUUCAUUUGAAUGAAUGGAAAGCCUCGCUUUACUCAGCAUGUUGCCAAGUCGAGUGCUAACGGAAGAGUGACCUGGAGUAGGCUGCAUCUCUGGUUCCUCUGCUGUAAAAUGCUAACGUUCCUUCUGACUUCUAUGUUCUGUGAUUCUGAGUAUUUGUGGGCCAUUUCAUUCAUUUAGAAAAUAUUUAUUGUGUGUCUGCUUAGUGCCAGUCACUCUUCUAGGAGUAGGGGAAUAUAGCAGUGAACGAGCGGAUGAAAACCCCUGCCUUCAUGGAGCUUACAUUUCAGGGGUGGGAAGACAGACAGUAAACUAGUUAAAAUACGGAAACGGUGUUCCGUGUUACGGAGAAAAAUAAAACACAGGAGGAAGGUCCGGAGUGCUGGUGGGAGAAGGUGGUACAGGUUUCAUCUGUGGUUGGGUUUCCCUCACUGAGAAAUUGACCAUUGAGUGAGGUGAGAGGUGAGAGCCAUGAGGAUAUCUGGGUGAAGAACAAUCCUAAAGUCCCAGAGGUUGAAGUGACCCAGGCUGGAAGCAAUGGGACUGAAGCUAGAGAGCUCUGGGGUCAGAGGAGGCCAGAUGCUAAGGUGAAACUUUUAUGUCCAUACGUGGGUUUAUCCACAAACCUGUCCCAGAAAGCCAGCAGACUCCUUUUCCUUCUCUCCUAGACUUCCCCAUCUGGUCUCUGCGUGUAGCUAUCCGGGUGGACAUUGAAGAGUUGUCAAACUAGUUAUGUCCAUGGUUCAAAUUUCUGCCAGGUGGGGCUUUUGUUCUUGCUUUAAUGACCGAGUGCUGCUUGUGUGUAUUUGGCUGCAUUUUUGGAACCCUAUCCUUUUUACACCUGGUGCGUUCUCUUCCUCCCCUUGCCCCCUUCACCACCACCGUCUCCACUGCUUUGGUCUCUCUUUCAAUGAUUACAUUUGCUUCUUAACUCUGGGAGAAAUUAAGCUCCUGGGAUGGUCAUUUGCUAUCUUUUCCCUUGAUUUCUGGGUGAUAGGAGAGUUUGAUCUUCUAAUUUCCUGGCUCGUUAUCAGAGGAUGGUUUCCGGGCUGGUUGGAAGCGUGCAGGAUGAGGUUCAUUUACAGCCGUCCGAAAUAGUGUGGUGAUGACAGAGCCUCGUGUUAAAAGGCCGUAGGGACCAUCAGUGACCUCGGCUGUGUUUUGGGAGCAGGGCCAUCCCCUAGACGGCACUGUGUGUGAACAGCGGAGUUAGAAGGAGCGGUUUUACUGCUCUUAGGAGUUUCUUCAUGGCUUCAGUUAUUUAUUUAACAAACUAGAAGGAUGCCUGGCACAUGUCUGGCACUCUGAGGAGAACUGAGGAUGCCUGAGGCCUUUGGAAUGAACCCCACAAAUCCAGGGAUGUACAGCCUGCUGCCAAACCAUCUGUGAAGUUUAGCCUUGUCAUCUCUGAGGACCAAAAGCACGAAGGAUGCGACCUUUCUCUUGGCCGUGACCAGCCCCUGGAAGACUGUGGCUUCAAUAUGACAGCCAAAACCUUUUUCAUCAUUCAUGGCUGGACGAUGAGCGGCCUGUUUGAACGCUGGCUGUACAAACUCGUGUCAGCCCUACAGACAAGAGAGAAAGAAGCCAAUGUAGUGGUGGUUGACUGGCUCCCCCUGGCUCACCAGCUUUACCGAGACGCUGUCAAUAAUACAAGGGUGGUGGGACAUGAUGUCGCAAGGAUGCUGGACUGGUUGCAGGGGAAAGAUGGUUUUUCUCUCCGGAACGUUCACUUGAUCGGCUACAGCCUUGGAGCUCAUGUGGCUGGGUACGCUGGCAACUUCGUGAAAGGCACGGUGGGCAGAAUCACGGGUUUGGAUCCUGCUGGGCCCAUGUUUGAAGGGGUGGACAUCCACAAGAGGCUGUCCCCUGAUGAUGCAGACUUUGUGGAUGUCCUCCACACCUACACACGUUCCUUUGGUUUGAGCAUCGGGAUUCAGAUGCCUGUGGGCCACAUCGACAUCUACCCCAACGGAGGUGACUUCCAGCCUGGCUGUGGGCUCAAUGAUCUCUUCGGCUCAAUUGCGUAUGGAACAAUUGCAGAGGGGGUGCAAUGUGAGCAUGAGCGUGCAGUACACCUGUUUGUCGACUCCCUGGUGAAUCAGGACAAGCCGAGCUUUGCCUUCCAGUGCACGGACUCAAACCGCUUCAAAAAGGGCAUCUGUCUCAGCUGCCGGAAGAACCGUUGUAAUAGCAUUGGCUACAACGCCAAGAAAAUGAGGAACAAGAGGAACAGCAAAAUGUACCUGAAAACCCGGGCAGGCAUGCCUUUCAGAGUUUACCAUUAUCAGAUGAAAAUCCAUGUCUUCAGCUACAAGUACAUGGGAGAAAUUGAGCCCACCUUUUAUGUCACCCUUUAUGGCACCAACGCCGACUCCCAGAAUCUGCCUUUGGAAAUAGUGGAGCAGAUCGGGCUGAAUGCCACCAACUCCUUCCUGGUCUACACCGAGGAGGACUUGGGAGACCUCUUGAAGAUUAAACUCACCUGGAAGGGGACACCUCAGUCCUGGUACAGCCUGUGGAGGGAGCUUCGCAGCUACCUGUCUCAACCCCGCAAAUCCGAGCGGGAGCUGAAUAUCAGGCGCAUCCGGGUCAAGUCUGGGGAAACCCAGCAGAAAUUGACUUUUUGUGCAGAAGACCUUGAGAACACCAGCAUAUCCCCUGGCCAGGAGCUCUGGUUUCACAAGUGUCGGGAUGGCUGGAGAAUGAAAAAUGAAACCAGCCCAACUGUGGAGCUUCCCUGAAGGUGCCAGCCAGGCCCCCUGCCCCCGCCUUCCAAGCACACGGAGGAAAGUUACUGCUGAGGACCCACCUGACGGAAGGACCCCUCUCAGCCUUGGUCCUGGGGCACCCGGAAGAGCCUGCUUGCUGGGCCCAGGACCUUGCCUCCUACGAUGGCUGGGACUUCUUCCCGGAGAGGACCAUGCACUGCUACCCCUGCUGUUCCUGCUGCUGCUCUAGAAUAGCUCUCACUCCAGAUCUGUGUGCAGACAGCCGGAUGCCCAGGCCCCUUGUGCACACCAGGCUGGUUUCUAAGUGACUGGAUGAGCCUGUGUUUUUCCUGACAAGGAACUCUCACUCUGAAGUGGCUGUGUGGAAACCUGUCAGCUGCUUGACCUGACUUGAGCCGUAGUGCGAGGUCUUUCUGCUGGGAGCUGACUCAUGUCAGGAUGGCAGACCUAUGACCCUGUUCACCCAGAGAGGGGAGAAUAGAUCUGGGCUGGUGCUGAUGCCCUUGCUUUUUGGGUUCGAUGCGCUACGUUGAUCAAUACUGGGUACAUUUUAGACAUUCUGACCUGCUCCCCAACUCACUCCCUAGAGCAUGCAUCAUUGGCUUUCUUAUUUUUCCAUUGCUCAUUUUUUGAUUGAACAAAUGUUUAUUAAGCACUUAAACUGAACUAGUGAGUGGCAGUAGACAAAUUAGUAAACCUCUCCAAACUGUCUCCUCAUUUGGAACCUAAUGGCCGUGGGAUAUCUAGCCCCCCUUCCAGUUUAGAUAGUUCAUGAAUAUAUAUGUGACGAAAGGCACGACGGCCGUUGAGAGCGCUACAGGACGUAAGAGUUGGGGACCCUGAGGCUUUAAGUGAUUUCUACCUAUUUCUUCUUAGUUAACAUGGGUGUUCCCCCUAAGAGUGACAGGUUUGAUCACUAGCAGAGUAGUGAGCAGCGUAUCACACGUGCUGGGGAUGGAAAGGUGGCCAAUUGCCGAAUGAUUGCUUGGGAGAAAAAUCUCUUCUGUUUAGGAAGAUGGAAGGUAUUACAUAUGUUAUACAUAUCUGUUUAUGCAGAAAUCAGCGUCUGUCAAACAGAGCUGGAGCUAAGAUUUAAAACAGUGCUUUUUCCUCCUUGGAAUCUCUUGUUCUAAUACCAGUGCCUUUGCUAGGUUAAACCUCUUGGAAAAGCCUCCAAUUUGAGAUCUUGAUUUGAAUUAAUAGACAUGAAAUCUGAGAAAUCCUUUUGCAUGUGUAUCACCUAAUUAGAGACUCUCAACAGGACGUGAGCUGGGCAGCUAUUAUUAUCUCUAUUUUACAAAACCAAGACUAGUGAGGUUCAGCCACAUGCCUACAAUUAUAUACAAGUCGGUAGCGGAGCCAGGCUGAGGACCCAGAUUUCUUGGAAGCACAGUUCGUGGUAUGUUCAACUCUGCAACUUCAUCAAGACCUCUACAGCCGUUUUCCAUCAAUAUGCCCCAGAUGUGACAAACAAGGAAUUGUUUUCAGAGCCAUCCAUAAAACCAUAAACCCUUUUAUUAUAGGACAAUGACUAUGCCAAGGGGUUGGGCUUUUUAUGGAUGAGAUUAUCUGGAAGGAGGUAUGAUGUCAGGUGGGGGGAAGAGCGAUUUUCUUUGUACUUAAAUUUUUAAAGGACAUUGUUUUAAUCUGUAUUGUGCCAAAGUUGUAUCAUUAUUUAAUGCCAAACUUCAGAAGACAUAACCAGUCAAGUCUUAAUUCAAGGUAUUUUCUCCAUCCACUUGUGGCUUCUUCUCUUGCUUCUGUGACUGCUUUCUAGUCAAAGUGAAGCUUGUAUUAUUGGCUGUGCAUUCUGGUUACUUCUGACUUCUGUUUUUAGUCAUGGAAGCCUUGGGAAUCCAAUCCUUGGUGGGUCCUGUAUUUAUACAUUUGGUCUUAGACCUUAUUUGUAUAUGAUGAUGCUUUUUUAAAAAAAAUGUUAAGAAUACUAUUUAUUUUUCAAGUGUAUAUAAUGUAUAAAAACAAAUAUACAGUUAGUUUUUAAGACUAACCAAUUUGAAGAUUAACAUUUUUUUAGCGGUUUGUGUGUCUUUUCAGAAUUAAAGUUACGUUAACAUAUUAUAUUAAUUACAUAGGAA